UGCCCAACCGCUAGAGCUCUAAGGAGGACAGUGACAGUGCGGGGCGGCAACCCCACCUCCCCACAGCCAGUGAUGCUUGGUGGUGAGGCUGAGUCACCGCGGGGGCCGCAGACUGAGCGACUGUGAUCCCGCCGGGAGCAGCGGGGUCCAAGUCCGCGGGAGCAGCGAGGAGCGUCCACUGCCACUCGGGACCAGGAAGUGCGCUGGCCUCAGAGGGGUCCAGUUCCUCGGGUUCCCGGGUCCCGAGCCGCUCGACGCGCCUCGAGCCUGCACCCGCGGAGACCGGGUGCUGAGCUGAGCAGCCGAAGACAAGGCCCUGAAAAUGGUUUCACCUGCACCCAGCCUGGCAGGAAGACCGUAAUUGCGGGAUCUCACCUACCUACCCAAGAAAUAUGAAGGUUUCUGUCAUUGAGCCGGCCAUUCUCCUUAAUGCAUUUGCUAUGACUCUGACCAUCCCACUGACAGCGCAGUAUGUGUAUCGGAGAAUAUGGGAAGAAAACGGCAACUACACCUUUGGGUCGGACAGCAACUUUUCUGAAUGUGAGCAAAACCAAAGCGACCCAGUCUUUCAAUUCAGGGAGGAAGUUCAGAAAAAAACAUCUCUUUUCAACCUGCAGGUAGACAUAAGUGGGCUAAUUCCUGGUCUGCUGUCUACGUUCAUACUUUUGUCCAGUAGCGAUAACCAUGGACGGAAACUUCCCAUGGUUUUAGCUUCCAUUGGAGCUCUUGGGACCAACAUUUGGCUCUGUUUGCUGUCCUAUUUUGCCUUUCCAAUCCAGCUUCUGAUUGCAUCUACCUUCAUUGCUGCUCUUUUUGGCAAUUACACCACAUUUUGGGGAGCUUGUUUUGCCUACAUAGUGGAUCAGUGUAAAGAAGACAAGCAAAAAACCAUUCGAAUAGCUGUCAUUGACUUUAUGCUUGGACUUGUUACUGGGCUAACAGGCCUGUCCUCUGGCUAUUUUAUCAGAGAACUGGGUUUUACAUGGUCGUUUUUCAUUAUUGCUGUAGUUCUUACCAUUAACUUGAUCUACAUUUUAUUUUUCCUCAAUGAUCCCAUAAAAGAGUCUUCCUCUCAAGUUGUUACUAUGUCAUGUAUUGAAAGCUUUAAAGACCUAUUUUACCGAACUUAUAUGCUUUUUAAAAAUGGUUCUGGUAAGCGGCGGUCUUUACUCUUUUUGUUGAUUUUUACCAUAGUCAUUUAUUUUUUCGUGAUAAUUGGUGUUUCCCCUGUUUUCACACUCUAUGAGCUGGGUUCUCCCCUCUGUUGGAAUGAGAUUUAUAUAGGCUAUGGGUCAGCUUUGGGCAGUGCUUCCUUUUUGAGUAGCUUCCUAGGCAUAUGGCUUUUUUCUUACUGCAUUAAUGAUAUCCACAUGGCCUUCAUUGGAAUUUUUACCACCAUGGUAGGAAUGGCUCUCACUGCUUUUGCCAGAACCACACUGAUGAUGUUCUUAGUCAGGGUGCCGUUCCUUUUUGUCAUCAUGCCACUCUCUGUUCUGCGGUCCAUGUUGUCAAAAGUGGUUCACUCUACUGAACAAGGUGCACUGUUUGGUUGUAUUGCUUUCUUAGAAACACUUGGUGGAGUCACAGCAGUUUCUGCUUAUAAUGGAAUUUAUUCAGUCACAGUUGCUUGGUUCUCUGGCUUCACUUUUCUGCUGUCUGCUGGUCUCCUAGUCCUUCCAGUGAUCAGUCUAUGUGCUGUCGCGUGCAUUGGCUGGGACGAGGGAAGCUACGUGCUGCUCACACAGGAAGACACCAGUGAACACACAUCAGACAGAUGACUAAACAAUAACACACACAUCACCCGGGACUUCUGAAGAUUAUAAACCCCAUCAUCAGUGUUUUGCCAGCAAUCAUGUUACAGGAUCCUUCCUUCUAAACUGAGCAAGCUGCGAAGCAGUGCCUGGUUCUGCUGCUCGCCAGCUGCCCAUCGCACUGUUUGCUUCAGAACAGCAAAGAACAAUCUCAAAGCCCUUCCACAUCUCCAUGUAGAAAGGAAACAAAACGGAGAGUUUAGCAAGCUUUGGUAAGGUCCAAAGCAAUAAUCUCCCUGGUGGGCUCUCACAUGGAAACCAGGAAAUAGUCUUUACCUCAGUUGUUCUAGCUGCACAAUGAGUUUCUGACCUCUCAGGGAUUUUGAAAACAUAAUGAAAAAUUAUGAAAUAAUCAAUGCUGAGAAGAUACUUCAAAUAUUUAUAAUAGAAUUCUUCCAAUACUUGAGUAAUGCUUUUUGUUUUUGAAAGCCCAUCAAGGCAUUAUUAAUGGACAUGAAAUCCUUACCAGAGAAGCACUUUAAAGUAUUUUUCACUUUUCCUACUAUUUUCAUCAGUGACAAGCAUGAUGAUAUUUUUAUACGUAACAGGGGUAAGUGGGUAAAAGAUAAGAUUAUAAAUAAAAUUGUCUUCAAUUUUAACACUGAGCAUACAACUCAUUGUGGUGAAAAAUGUCUAGCACAUUAGAGCCAGUGCUCAUUCCACAGCUCAACAGAAGUCUGUGAUGGUCCACACACCCUGGCUGGCCAGCCCCGCUGCUGAGCUUUCUUACCUUCUCGCACCCAGGCUCCCCACCAUACUGAGAGGGACAUUCUAAAGUAGGGUACAGACCUUACCCUUUCCAGCUACCCUCUUGCAGCAGCUGUUGCCCACAGAAAAAUGGUCAGGCAAGCAAGUGACCGCAGUCUGACUCCUCCGCAUCCUGGGUGGCAAUAUAUUACAUCUGCCUUUGGAUCUCCCUAGUUCCCAGAACACUACCUCCUGUCCUGCCUCUAUGCCUUUUUAUGGUUACUUGUCCUUUCUCCUGCCUUAUAUUAAACUGCCAUCUCUGCCAAAA